ACCCCGAACCAUCUUCAAGCAGUUGGUCGAAUCAGUGGUAAGAGAUCAAUGGAGGUUUCGGGGAUGUUUUCGAUGAUUUUUCUUUCUUGCGCAGCAGUCAUCGUAUCGUUUUGUGCUUGGAAUAUCUUGGAGUGGGUGUGGUUUAGGCCGAAGAGGCUCGAGAAGUGCCUGAGGCAGCAAGGCCUCCAUGGAAAUCCUUACAGGUUCUUCUUCGGAGACUUUAAGGAAAUGACGAGGUUGCAGAAAGAAGUGUGGUCGAAGCCCAUGAGUUUAUCCGACGAUAUUGUGACCAGAGCUGUCCCCGAACUCGAUCAGUGUCUCAAGAAAUAUGGCAAGUAUAGCUUUCUAUGGUACGGGUCAAAACCAACAGUGAUCGUCUGGGAACCUGAAUAUGUCCGAGACAUUUUUUCGAAGGUUGAUGCCUUCCAAAAGCCGCCAACUCCGGAGGUUCGACGUAUGUCGAACGGAGUUGAUUCGUUGGAGACAGACAAAUGGGCGAAGCAUAGAAAGCUUGUCAACCCGGCAUUCCACGUUGAAAAACUCAAGCUCAUGGUUCCAUCGUUCUACUUGAGUUGCGCCGAAAUGUUGAGCAAAUGGGAUGAGAUUAUCCCGAACGAAGGGGCGUGUGAAUUGGAAUUGUGGGAUUAUCUUCAAACUCUCACAAGCGAUGUCAUUUCGCGCACUGCCUUUGGAAGUAGCUUCGAAGAAGGAAGAAAAAUAUUUGAACUUCAAUGUGAGCAAGCCUUCCUAGUCAUGGACAUGGAGCGCUCGGUUUACAUCCCAGGGUCGAGGUUUUUACCGACAAAACACAAUCGAAGAAUCAAGGAAAUAAGAAAGGAAGUAAAGUCGACUGUGAUGAGAAUCAUCGAGAAACGGCUGAAAUCGAUGAGAUCCGGUGAGGGUAGUGGCGAGGACUUACUUGGAUUGCUAUUGGAAUCAAAUAGCAAGGAAAUCAAAGCGCGGGGAAGUAAGUUUGGAAUGAGCAUGGAGGAGGUGAUCGAAGAGUGCAAGCUUUUCUACUUUGCCGGGCAAGAGACUACCUCGACUCUACUUGUUUGGACUAUGAUUCUAUUGGGGAAGCAUACGGAUUGGCAAUCUCGAGCAAGAGACGAGGUUCUUCAACUAUUUGGUAAAAGAAAACCCGACUAUCAAGAGCUAAACCAGCUCAAAAUCAUAAACAUGAUAUUACUCGAGGUUUUGAGGUUAUAUCCGCCAUCAUACAUGCGCAUUCGAAUGGCUAUGGAAGAUAGCAAAAUAGGGAACUUAACUCUACCGGCCGGGGUGCAACUUAUAUUGCCGAUCAUUUUGUUGCACCACGACAAAAAGAUAUGGGGUGACGAUGUAAAUGAAUUUAACCCAAUGAGGUUUAGCGAAGGAAUUUCCCACGCUACAGGCGGCCAAAUGAUAUAUCUUCCAUUUGGAUAUGGGCCUCGGAUUUGCGUGGGCCAAAACUUCGCCAUGGCAGAAGCCAAAACUGCAAUGGCUAUGAUUCUUCAACGCUUUGCUUUUAAGCUUUCGCCAUCGUAUUCUCAUGCUCCGUGGGCAAUGGUUACUCUUCAGCCUCAACACGGCGCACAGUUAAUGGUCGAGAAGAUUAAGGAUUGAGGUGUUAGAGAAUAUAUAUAUAUAUAUAUAUGAUAUGGUUUCGACUUAUUUAAUGUUCAAGAAGAUGAAUUGAUUGUGAAUUUGCAUCGUAUAUGAUGUGUUAAGCUUGGUUUCAAUCUCGGACAUGUAUCCUUAUUGUAGGUCGCAGACAUCUUUACGUAUGAUGUUUGUCGUAACGUACUUUGAGCUUGUUGCACUUAUGGAUGCAUAGAAAUAAAAUUAAGUAUAUUUGGUGUU